CACUGCCGGUUCAAAGGUUUCCAACGUGGCUGCUGAUGUUUUCCAGCGUGUGGAGUUAACGGGGAAGAAACUUAUCGACUGUGACACAAAACAGCAGUGAAAAUGGGCGAGUUUAAGGUGCACCGCGUCCGGUUCUUCGACUACAUGCCCGCUGCUAUCCGAGCCAUGGCGUUCAACGGCCGGACCGAGCGGCUGGCUGUGGCCCGGGCCGACGGAGCUCUGGAGGUCUUCAACUUCACUGACAACUACUUCCAGGAAAAGGUGAUCCCGGGACGGGACAGCAGGGCGGCGGAGGCUCUGUGUUGGGUUGGUCAGCGUCUGUUCAGCGCUGGUUUGAACGGAGAGAUCACAGAGUACGACCUGGAGAACCUGAGACCCAAAUACACCGUGGAGGCCUACGGAGGACCAAUCUGGACCAUCAGCAGCAACAACCAGGGAACACUGCUAGCGGUGGGUUGUGAGGACGGGACCAUAAAGGUGUUUGAAAUCCUGGAGGAGAGGAUUCAGUUUCAGAGAAACUUCGACAGGCAGAAAGGUCGUAUUUUAUCUCUGUCCUGGCAUCCCUCUGGUACGCUGAUAGCUGCAGGCACGAUGAACAUGAUCAGAAUCUUUGAUGCUGCGUCAGGCCGCGCCACACACAGACUGCUGGUGGAGAGAGGCGUCGGAGCGUCAGCGAGCAAAGACGUGGUGGUUUGGAGCAUCGUCUUCCUGUCCGACCACACCGUCGUUAGCGGCGACUCUGCAGGAAAGGUCCAGAUGUGGGACGGAUUCACAGGAACUCUGCUCAGAACUCACUUGAUCACCAAGUGGGACGUUCUGGCUCUGUCUGUCUCUCAGGAUGAGAGCAGUCUGCUGGCCGGGACGUCAGAGGGGACGGUCGUCCAGUUUCAGUUCCUCUCCUCGACUUUUGACCGGCACGAUAAGGAAUGGGUCCGAACGAGGACCUUUAAAAACCACUCGCAUGACGUGAGGGCGCUCGCCCACACUGAAACCGCUGUGGUUUCUGGAGGUAUGGACACUCAGCUGGUGGUGCGACCUCUGCUGGACAAAGUGGAGAAAAACACGCAGGAGUCCGCGCUGCGCAAAAUAGCUUUCCCACAUAGGAGCCUGGUUUGUUGUGCAAAGAAAGCAGGACUGCUGCUCUUCCAGUUCCCCGAUCAUUUAGAGCUGUGGAGACUAGGGGAGAGCGACGGACAUGGGAAGCCUGGGGACAGUCUGCCUGUGAAGAGGAAACCAGAGAAACUGAUCCAGCUGAAGAGAAAGGGAGAGGAUCACAUCUGCUGCAGUGCUCUGUCUCCAUGUGGAGGCUGGCUGGCGUACUCUACCGUCACCAGCUUCCGUCUUUACAGGUUACAGAACGACACCGUCAGCGUCACCAAGGUGUCCAAAUUACCGAAGGAGCUUCGCUCGGCCCACCAGCUGUGCUUCUCCUCCGACUCCUCCAAACUCUUCGCUUCCUCUAGCCAGUCUUCAGUCAUUGUUGUCGCCCUCAAUCAGUCAGAGUGCAAAUACCUUCACACCCUCAAACCCAAGUCAUGCUCCAGACAGCCGGUCCACCUGCUGUUUGCCAGCGAGGAUGGCAAAUGGCUCGCCACAGCGAACACGGACUGUGAGAUCCACGUCUACAACCUUCACAAGCUAAAGCUUCAUUGUACAGUCCCAGUGUACAGCUCCUGUCCCACCGCCAUGGCCAUCCACCCAACUACCAGCAACCUCGUUGUGGCGCACGCCGACCAACAGAUCUUUGAGUUCUCUCUGGUGCAGAAGGAGUACACAGAGUGGAGUCGCAAGCUGCAGAAACAAGGACUGCACUACCUGUGGCUGACGAGGGACACACCCGUCACCCACGUCACCUUUAAUCCAAAAAAUCCUGCUCACAUCAUUCUGCACGAUAUGUUCAUGUUCUGCAUCAUUGACCAGAGUCUGCCGCUCCCUGAAGCAAAGACUCUGCUCUACAAUCAGAUGACUCUGAGGAGUCUUCCCGAACCAGAGAGGAUCUCACACAGCCACGCCUUCAAGAUAUGCAAGAACUUCAAGCACCUCAUGUGUGUGAGUUUAUUGGAGGACCAUUCCCUGGUCGUAGUGGAGCGCCCCCUGCUGGACAUCAUGUCUCAGCUGCCUGCACCUGUCCGACAGAAGAAGUUUGCCACAUAAACAAAGUGAAGUUGUCUCAGCUUGAAGCAAAGGAUUGUUACGUCACUGUAACGCCCACAUCUUAAACUAUUGUCAACAAGUGUUCAUGUGUUACCACUUUGUAAAAAAAACAUUUGAUAAAGUAAUAAAUAGAAUAAUUUACUAAUAUUG